AUGGAACUAGAAGAACUUCAAAUUCUUAUAAGUAAAGCGAUUGAACAGACGAAACCUGAUCAAAUUGUUCCACUUAUGAAUUGGCUUGAUGGAGAAGUUUCCAAGUAUCGAAUGGCAGGUCUAUUAUCAACUCCAAUUCAAUCAGUAAUGACUCCCAAAAUAAAUAAUGGACAACGAUUUGUAUGUACAUGUGGUCGAUCAUUUGCUGCUGAAAUAACAAUAUGUGAAACAACAAAUGUUGAAACAAGUUCACCACCAGCUACGCCAAUGUUUUCAUUUAAAAAUGAUCUCAAACAUCAGCAACAUUCACAAGAAUCUAUUUCAAAACGAUCUAGAAUAUUAAUGAUGGAACCACCAACAUCUGUUAUUCCAACAACAACAACAUCAACAAUGACAGCAUCAAUAUUAGCUGAUAGAUUAACUUCAUCCGCAAUGAUUACAAAUUGGCAAAUAACAAAUCUUAAAACUUAUGAAAAUAGUCCAGAAUUAAUGACAGGCGAAUCAAAUCGCGGUGAAAGUGAUAUUGAAUUAUCGAGUGAUGAAUCAAGAUGUUUAGAAGAUAUUGAUGCUGUUUUAUCGCCCGAUAAAACUACUGUAUCAAAUUUUAUUUAUUCAAGUAGUUUAUGGCCACCAUCUCCGUCUACAAAUGGUUGUUUAUCCUAUUCAAUUCAUAAUCAUGAAGAUCAUCGACAACAUCAUCAACAACAAACUUUAACUCUUAAACCAGUAAUUAAUGAACCAUUAUCACCUGUACCUGCUCUUAUUCAUGAUGGAGAUUCUGGGAAGACAGUUGCAACAAUACAUCGUCGACCUAUGCUCGUUGCAUUUACUGAUCCAGACGCUUGUUCACCGACAGGACCAACACAUUUUAAAUGUACUCAAUGUCAUGAAACAUUUGAUAGUUUAUUACUUGGACAAGAACAUGCUAAUAAUGGCAUGUGUACAUCUGAUACGACAGUUAAUGUACUUGAUAAUUCUGAUUCCCAUGUAUCACCUACAACACCAUUAUUUGAUUCUCUUCAAGAAAAUGUGGAAGAAGUACUCAAUGCUCGACUGGAUUCCAAAGCAGCUUGUCCAAUUUGUAAUAAAGUAUUUAGUAGUGUUCAUACAAUGAUACGUCAUAAAACGUCAAUACAUGAUAGACAAGUUCGAUAUGGAUGCAACAUUUGUGGUCGUUUCUUUUUUCGUAAAGAUAAAUUAACAUCACAUAUGGUAUAUCAUCAAGAUUUUGAUACAUAUGUAUGUUGUUUUUGUUCACUUGGAUGUAAAUCCCGUAUGUUAAUGAGACAACAUUUAAAACGAGAUCAUGUUAUCUCAGGUGAAGAUAUUGGUUUUAAUGAAAUACUUAGUCGGUGUCAAGUUAAAAAGUCUUUAAAUAUAGAAAACAAUAUGUCUGUUGCGUAUGGUGCUGAUAGACAAAUAACAUCCUUAAAACGAAAUAUAAAUACCAUUUCAGCUGAAAGCGAUAUUAAGCAAACGGCUAGUAAUUAA